GAGCAGGAAAAGGCCACGGCCACGAGCCGCUGCUGCUGCUUCCCUCUCUCCUCUGUUUUUCUCUCUGGCUCUCAUGGAGGCCUCCGUGCUCAAGCCGUCGGUGCUGCUCCCUCCGGCGAGGGGAGCGCCCUCCACGGCGCGGGGGCGGGAGCGGGGCUGCGUCGUCGCCGGCGCCGGCAGCAAGAGACUCGAGACACGGCGGCCGGAAGGGAGCAGCAGCGACGGCGCGCCCAGGAGCGAGCCGGCCAGAGGAUUCCACGGGCACGUCCUAUCCCUGACGGCAACGGCAGCGGCGGCCAUGAGCAGCAGCGCCGCCGCCAUGCCGUGCCACGCCGCGACCGCCCCGGCGGCGCACGGGCCACCGCUCUCCUACUACUACAGGGCGGCGAUGGUGGUGGGGGAACUGGACCCGGCGACGGCGAAGGUGGUGAUCGGGGUGGCGGGGCCGGCGCUGUCGGCGGUGGGGUUCCUGUUCGUGGCGCGGAUCGUCAUGUCGUGGUACCCGAGGCUGCCGGUCACCAAGUUCCCCUACGUGGUGGCGUACGCGCCCACGGAGCCCAUCCUGGCCGCCACCCGCCGGGUGAUCCCGCCGCUGGGCGGCGUCGACGUGACGCCGGUGGUCUGGUUCGGCCUCGUCAGCUUCCUCAGCGAGAUCCUCGUCGGGCCCCAGGGCCUCCUCGUCCUCCUCUCCCAGCAGCAAGUCUCCCCCUCCCCAUAGUAGCCUCCUCUUCAGCUUACCCCAAAAUACCUUCUUCUUUCUUUCCUCCAUCUAAUAUAUGAGCGAGCUUAUAAUCAUGGGCGCGGAUGAGUUUUCGACA